CCGCCCCUCCCCCCCCCACCUUCGCAAACGCUACUCUCCUUCGCCCCAUUAUCGACCGCUUCAAUUCCUCCGCCACCUCUCCCAUCCGCCUCCACCUCCUCCCCUUCCCCUCAGCCGCCGCCGGUCUCCCCGAGGGAUGCGAGAGCUUUUCCUCCAUUUUCUCCGACGAUCAUCUAUCCAAAUUUAUCAAAGGCAUUGCCUUUCUCCACCACCCGUUCGACCUUCUCCUUAAAGAACUCCGCCCAGACUUCGUUGUCUCCGACUUCUUCUUGCCAUGGACCCAUCAAGUUUGCGCCCAAAAUGGCGUACAAAGAAUCGUUUUUGACGGCUCCAGUUUGUUUGCGCGGUGUGCUUUUGACAGCAUCCAGAGGCAUAAGGUCAUUGAGAACCUACAGCAAGAAGCAGAGUCCUUCGUCCUCCCCGACCUCCCGCAUCACAUCGAGCUACUCCGAUCGCAAGUCGAAGACCCCAUUAAAUCAAUCCCUUCUGUGCUCGAGAUCUUCAAUCAAGCGCAGGAGGUCGAUUCAAACAGCUACGGAUUGGUGGUGAACAGUUUCUAUGAGCUGGAGCAGGACUAUGUGGAGCAUUUUAGGAAAGUGAUGGGGAGGAAGGCGUGGCUCAUCGGUCCUGCCACUCUCUGCAACCAAGAAGGUGCGGAUAUGUUUGGAUGGCGAGGAGAAACCAAAGUAGGCGAAGAAUGCGUCAAGUGGCUCGAUGGAAGAAAGCAGGGAUCUGUAGUGUACAUGUGUUUUGGCAGCAUAAGUGCAUUCACAGCAGCACAACUGAGGGAGAUGGAACUUGGGCUCGAGGCUUCGAGCCAUCCGUUUGUUUGGGCGGUGCGAAACGCGGGUGAGGAUUGGAUUCCUGAAGGGUACAUGCAGAGAAUAGAAGGAAGAGGUCUUUUAAUCAAUGGAUGGGCGCCGCAACAACUAAUACUUAAUCAUGCGGCGGUGGGCGGAUUCAUCACACAUUGUGGAUGGAAUUCGUGCUUAGCAGGGAUAAAUGCGGGCUUGCCGAUGGGGACAUGGCCGCUCUUUGCGGAGCAAUUCUUCAAGGAGCGGCUUUUGGUGGAUGUGCUGAAGAUUGGAGUGGCGGUGGGUUCGAAGGUUUUCGGGAUAACAUCGGAGGAUCGGCCGGUGAUAAAGGCGGCGGCUUUAGAGGCUGCGGUGAGGAACGUGAUGGGAGAGGGAGGGGAGGCGGAGAAGAUGAGGAAGCGUGCCAAUGAGCUUAAAGAGAUGGCGAGGAGCACAAUGGAGGGGGGAGGAGGGUUAUCUUAUAGUAAUCUUGAAAAUUUGAUACUGGAGUUGAUGGAGAAGAAGGAGAAGAAGGCACGAGCUGUAUGA